AUGUCUUCACAAGAGCCAGAGUUCAGAAGAGUCAGACCAAUGCCACUCCGACGUGGUCUUAGAUGGGAACCAGGCUGUUGGCCAGCGUUCACUGUCGGCGUCGAGGAGAACCGCGUCGACGAACUAUGUCGAAUGAUACUCAGCAUACCGCAAGGAGGAAAGUGCGAGUGUGCAAAGCUCGACUAUGGCACAAGAAGUCAGUUGUGGUCUGUGGACACCGGCGAUGCGCGAUAUGUCCUCAAAGUCCUCAAGGCAGUCUUCCCUGUUCAAAAGCUAGAGAAUGAGGUGGCGACCAUGCAAUUCAUCGCGGAUAGGACCUCCAUCCCUGUUCCGGAGGUGAUCGCAUACAGUGCGUACACAGCAACAAUCGGCUUUGAGUGGAUCUUGAUGACCAGAAUACCGGGAAAAGACCUUGGCCGUGCUGGGAUUGACAUGUCGAUUGAACAGAAGUCCAGAGUUGUGAAAGAGCUCGCUUCGUAUCAAAGAGAACUUUUGCAAAUCACCUUUCCCAGUAUUGGCAGUCUCAUGGCAUCACAUUACGACCAGGAUAGUGUAUCAGGUGCGCCAGCAUAUUCUCGCUAUGACGUUGGACCAAGCUGCAGCACAGACUAUUUCCUGCUUAAUCACCUUUCCCUUAACAUGCCUCGUGGCCCAUUCAACUCCGUAUCUGAGUGGCUGUCAACCACUUUAGACAUCUUCAUUCAUGCUCAAACCGGGAUCAUGAAGAGGAGUCUCAGCAGCGACAAUCCUGGCAUUAAUGACUUGAUGUGCCAAAAGUCUGUUGCAGAUGCUGACGUUGAUGAGGAUGACAAAGAUAGCCUAUACUGGGGAUACUCACGUGGGUCAGCCGAUGAGGCUGGGUAUCGGAAGACACUUGCUCAAGAGAUCCAGUCGCUAAUUUCAACGAUCCUCCAAGAAGAGCGCAGCGAGAACAUGGUUCUGUAUCACCACGACCUGAACACCGGCAACAUCAUGGUCGAUGAGGCCGGCGGCAUAACAGGUAUCAUCGAUUGGGAGUUGACGUUAACAGUGCCAUUGUGGCAGGCUUGUCAAUUACCACUAUUCCUACGACGUCGGCCUGGUGACAUAAGCGCUAAUGGUGGUGACGAGGCGGGCCCGAUUGAGCAGGAAUAUUGGGAGCGUCUGACAGUUGGAGAGCGAGACUUCUUGUCAAGAGAGUACACCGAGGCGAUAAAGGCAAGCUUUCCUGAGUGGACGACCAUCCAGAAAGACAACGUCCGAAACAGAAGUCUGGUGAAUGCCGUCGCGACGAUUGGAGCACCUGAUACUGUGCCGGCAAUCGCUCGAUGGGUGAAGUCCGUCAAGCAAGGGCAACCUGACUCUAACCUAGGACAACUCUAA